AACAGCGAUCGUGUUCAGAUCACAAACCAAACUCCUCUGCGCGUGACAAGCUGCGAGACUUUCAGUUCCUUUGCUUCCAAGUUGGAGAACAGCACGAUGGCAAACGAGGCGAGACCUUGUCCUUGUGAUAUUGGGGAUCGAAUGGAAUAUGGGGGCCUUGGUCAGGAGGUCCAGAUCGAGCACUUUAAAGCAUAUUUAGUGAAGCCAUCAGAAGCAUCUGACAAGGCCAUCAUUGUCAUCCAAGACAUAUUUGGAUGGCAGCUUCCAAACACCAGAUACAUGGCUGACAUGCUUGCUGCCAAUGGAUACUUGGCUAUUUGCCCAGAUUUCUUCCUCGGAAAGGAGCCGUGGAACUCAUCACGUGACUGGUCCUCAUUUACAGAAUGGGUCGAAGAUAAAAAGCCGACCAACAUCGACAAAGAGGUGAAUCUACUGCUGAGGUUCUUGAAGGAGCAAUAUGGGGUAAAACGCAUCGGAGUGGUGGGCUUUUGUUGGGGAGGAAUCGCCACACAUUAUCUGGCCUUUAGCAACCCCGAGGUUAAAGCCGGAGUGUCAUUUUACGGUAUCAUCAAACUCGAAAAGGACAGGUAUGAUCUCAAGAGCCCAACCCUUUUUAUCUUUGGAGAGAAUGACAAUAUAAUACCACUGGAUCAAGUGAGUGCUCUUGAAGCAAAGCUGAAGGAGAAAUGCACAGUGGAUUACCAGGUGAAGAUCUUCCCUGGGCAGGACCAUGGGUUUGCCCACCGAAAGAGAGAAGAUAUCAGCCCAACAGACGAGCCCAAAAUUCUGGAGGCCAGGGCUGAUAUGAUCAAUUGGCUGAACAAGUACAUUUAAGUCUUUGCAAAGUCAAGUCUAAGCGGGAGGAGCAUUGCUUAUUAAACCUCCUGCAUGCAAAACGAUGUCAUGGAAUAAAAUAUUACAAUUUACACAUUUC